CGGAAGUUACUACUGGCUUGGUUAAGAUAUUCAACCGUGUCACUGAAAACAACCUUUAUUAAUUAUAAACCUGUCUUAAGUUUAUCAAAACGGAGGCUUUUUUGCUACAGGUAGUUCGGAAAAUAAUUACAAUUUAUUCGUCUGCUUACUAUUCAUUUUUGAGAAAAAUAUUCAUUCUAAUUCAUACACCAAAAGAACUAUUCAGCAGCAAAAACAUUUCGUCCAGUACAGAGUACCAGAGCGUGUAAUACCCUGGGCUAUAAACACACACGAAAAGAUGGACAAUCACAACUAUUUUUCAGUUCCAGACGUCACAACUUUCACACACAAUUUUCCCAUUUCCGAGGAAACUCCUCUCUCGUCAGAGCCGACAAACUCUUCGGAUGUUUUCGAGAUGUACCAAUAUCAACCCAUUCAAUGUUACAUCAUAAUCGGUAUAGUCAGUCCUAUAAUACUCAUCGCUGUUUUGGGUAAUUUGUCGGUAAUUUUAUCUUUCUGCAAAGACAGACGACUGCGAACUCCCACUAAUUUCCCCUUAAUAAGUUUGACCUCCAGUGACCUUUUGGUGGUUUCCUUCACCUUUCCAAUGUCAAUUUAUUACAAACUGUCGGGAAAAUGGACUUUCGGCAGUUCAAUGUGUAUUGUGUGGUUGUGUAGUGAUUACAUUGCGACUUCCACGUCAGUUUUGUCGUUAAUUAUUGUCACUUUUGAUAGGUACAUGACAAUCACCAAAUUUCAGAAGUAUAAACACAACAUCAAAAAUGUCAUGCGUAUGAUCUCGUUUGCAUGGCUCAUUCCGACCAUAACUUACGUGCCCAUAACUGUGGUGUGGCCAUACGUGACGGAAUCAGCCGGUGACCCGCAGUCCACUUUCGUGUGUGACGAGGGCUGGAGGUCACUGACCCCCUUCAUGCUGUGCACCACUGUCAUUUUCACCUACAUGCCAUUGUCGUUUCUCAUUUUCUUCAACGCCCAGAUAUACCUGAUGAUUAGAGCCAAUGCGGAGAAAUUGAAGUUGAGCGAAGUGAUAACGACGCCGCAGGUGGAGUUGCCGGAGAUUGUAGUGCAGGAACCGACAGUCGUGCAGCACGACAACGAGCAGAGCCGAAUCAUGAACAUGCAACUGGCAGACUACAGCGACGACUACAGCGACACAAGCACUAGCUCGAGGAGAAGCACCUCAACUUCCCAGAAGAACUGGUCACUUCUCCGACACAAGUUCGUUCCGGCCACAAAGGACAAAACAAUCGAGAGUUCCAGACGAGCUACCAAAGAAAAGGCUGCCAGAAUUUUGCAGAUGCAGCAACGACAAAUGAGCGUUGAGUCUCGAACAUUUUCUGCUAACGCUAUAGUGUCAUCGGUAGGUUCUUGCGGCACGCUUCCCGUAGAGCAGAGUUCGAACCAGCUUUACGACAGGGACGCCGGAGUUGAGCACCAACUUGAAGAUCAAGUGCCAGUUGUAAUGUCCUUUCGUCCGCAACGCCCGAAAAUUUUACACCUCGGGUCGAGUAUUGACAGCAACCAAUCAAAUCAGAGCAACCGAUCCGAAGUGAUGCGACUUCGGAUUCAAGACUGGGCCGAGGAAAAUUUGCCCUCGCCUCGUUUCGCCGACUCGCCAAUUGAGUCGAACGCUUCGGGGUGCUCCGAUGCAUCGCAGCGUGGGGUCACGUUCCAAACCCCCAAAAUGACAAAACGCGUUCAAACUCCGACCGUGAAAAUAGCCGAAAAACGAAAGAGGUUCACCAGACGCUCAAUUAAAAGACGCGCGCAAAAUCGAUUUCGGAAACGAAACGAGGCGAGCGAUACUCUAGGAACUGAUUCGGAAACGGAAAAACCCAACUCGCCGCCGACUGUUGAAAAAAAUAAACAGCGACAGACCGCGACUAAAAAGCCGACAGCAAAAGAGCCGACAGCCAAAGAAGCGAAUAAAAGCACGCAUGUGUACACGCAAUGCUCACAUGAGACGGGUCAAAGACAACUUCGAAGACACCACAGAAACAAGCGAAUCUUCAAACUUAUUGUGAUUUUGGUGUCCAUUUAUAUUUCAUGCUGGUGUCCGUAUUCGUUCAUAGCGUGUUUGAAAAGUCUCUUAAAAGUACCAGUACCUCAGUUUUUAUUCGAUUUCUCAGUGUGGAUUUUGUAUUUUAACUCAUGCUUGAACCCUAUUUUGUACGUUUGGCGAAACAGGGCUUUCAGAACUGCAUUCGUGAAUUUGUACAAAAUGAGGCCUAACAAUAGAAUGCCUCAUCGAUAAUGUAAUAAAUCAGGGGUGGAUCUGAAUGUUUUGC